AUGGUAUCCAGAAUGUCGGCUCCACAUCAUGAUGAUGAUUUGGAACCAGAAACGGUUGAUGGAUACGUUGUUGGGGAGAAAAAGACUAUUGAAGAAUAUAACAAAUUGGAUGCGGAAGAUGAAAGUUUAGCCAAGUGGAAGGCCAGUUUAGGGUUAGGUGGAGAUGCCAAUGCGUACCCUGUUAAGGCUGGAGAUAAUCGUAGAGUUGUUAUUGUACUGAUGAAAUUACAAUUUCCAGAUCAACCAGAUUUAGAGGAUGUUAUAAUUGAUUUGGAAGAUGAUCAAGGCAACACCAUAGCCAACAAGGAGAUUAAGUUUCAAAUUAAAGAAAAAUCCAUUUAUCAAUUAGUUAUUAAAUUCAGAGUACAACACGAGAUUAUCACCGGAUUAAAAUAUUUACAUCUGGUUAAAAAAGGAUUUGUUAGAGUCGAUAAAGUGGAGGAACCUCUAGGAUCUUAUGCUCCAAAUACAACAUCUACACCUUAUUACGAGAAAGCCUUUGAUGAAGUUGAAGCACCAAGUGGGAUGAUGGUUAGAGGAAAUUAUAAUGCUGUAACCAAGUUUAUAGAUGAUGAUAAAACUGUUCAUUUAACAUUCCCUUGGAGUUUUACCAUCACCAAAUAG